AGAAAUGGCGUGGAAAGAAAGAAGGUGUAGAAGAUGAGAUUGUGGGAUUGAGACCCUCCAUCGCUGGUGUGCGCACAGAUGGCGAGAUUCUUAGUUGUUAAGGACAAUUUGUAUGAGAAAAACUUUAUGCGGCAAUUGAGCAUGUGACUUCAGCGGAAGCGCGCACAAAUGAUCUCCGAUUUGAGGGGGGUUUUUGAUGGUAAAUCCGAAUGGAAUCUCUGUGCGUGUGUGUCGGCUGAAGACACAUGAGCGUUGCCGGUGAAAUUGUUCUUAGAUGUUAAGGCAAUAGAUUGUAAGGAUUUCUUCUGCCGAUGGACACUCACGUCUGAAUUGUGUGCAGUUUUGUCUGUAAAUCCCUUCUCCUGGCCAGACGCGCAUCAUCACAGAUGGUCUUCUCGAAGCUGCUGAUCAUCCGAUUCUUUCUGUCCAAUGUUCUCGUGUGUGCGUGAGUGUAGAAAAUUACACCAUGUCACGCACGUGGUAGAAAAGAGAACAUCAAGAAUCGUCUUCUUCUUCUUCUUCUUCUUCUUCUUCUCUUGGUGAAAGAGAGAAAAGUGUUGAAAUGGCAAAAUGGUUUGUCAUUGCCGAAAAAAGGAGAGCCAAUAAUCCCAGAUUCAGAAUAAGCUAAGCACGAUUGAGAAUGUGAUCGAUAUGCUGACGGGAAUUAUUGGUGUGGAGAAAACGCCAUCGCCGCCAUCAUUGAGUAUUUCAUCAAAAGCUCCUUCAGCACGGGACAACGAUUCCGAUGAGAGUGAGCCGGAGAAGCUCAAGAGCAAGUUGAUACAGAGUAUGAAGAAGAAUAGGAAAGAGAAGAUUCCAGAGACAAAUGUCUCUCGAGAUAAGCUCGUUGAUCCGGAGAAGAAGGUGAACUACGUGUUCUACGAUCCUGAGAUGCACUGGUGCGUCAUGUGCAAUGUCUUCCCGAAGACGGCGAAGGAUUAUCUGAAUCAUCUGCACAGCAAGGAACACAUGGCGAUAGCAAAGAACCAGGAUUCACCGUGGCACGAUAUGCAACAAGCGGAUGAAUUCCCAAGCUAUCCAAAUGCCCCAACGAAGAGGACUCCAAUUCGUGGUUUGCAGUUCUUUUCCGCCUCCACUGCGUGGUAUUGCAAACUCUGUGCAAUCUGGAUGGGAGAUCUUCACUGCGCCUCCACGCACUUGAAAUCCAAGAUGCACUCUGACAACUACACUGCUUAUGCCGAGCAGAAUCCUCACUUUGACAUGGAUUGGAUGGCGGAUCGUCAGAAGGCGUAUAAUGCAUAUCGGGAGAAGGUGACGUCGGGAAAGGCAUCGCCGCUGAUGCACGUGAUUGCUCUGCAGCCGGACGAUGAUGCGGAGAGGAUGGGGAAGAAGAAGAAGAAGAGCGAUGGGAAGAAGGACAAGAAGAAGAAGAGUCGCAAGAAGCGUCGUCGUCAAUCGACAUCGUCAUCAUCGAGCUCGACUUCUUCGGACACGGAAACGGACUCAAAGUUGUCUCUGAUGGAUGCGAGUCUGGAUGGUGUGACGGCGAAUUCCAUUCGUGUGUCGAUGAGGAACAUGAACAAGCCGGCAAUGGCAAUUCCCGAUGAUGACAAUGCUGUUGGGAAGUGGACAAUGGUGCAGCCGGCACAGAUAUCAUCACAGACGCCCUUCGCGCCGCCGGCGCCGUCGAUUUCCACUGAGGCGAAGAAGCGCGAUGAGCUGAUCAUCUCACAGUGGACACCGGGACCGGUGAUAAGUGACUCGGAGCGCAAAUUGCUGGACGAUUUGAAGGGGAAGCUGAAGAAGAGGUCAGAAACGGAGGUGAAUGACGAGAGGCGUCGCUCGAAGAGUCCAGAUCGACGGACGAGGCGUCGCUCGAGGUCACGCGGAAGGUAUUCACGCAGCCGAUCGCGAUCCAGGAGUCCUUACUACAGAGGAUACAAUCGCGGCAGGCGCUCGGGCUCGCGUGGGCGGCGUGUGAUUGAGAAGCCGGUGGUGAAUUAUCCGCCGGAGCCAAAGCGAAGUGUGGAGAAGAAGUCCAAGGGGAAGUCGGAGGGGAAUGGCGAGCGCAAGAAGUCGCCACCGAAGAAGAAGCCAGUGACGAAGGGCAAACUGCCCUUCAUCGGUCGAAUGCCGGUGUUCAAGAAGCAAGUGGCGGCUGAGGAUGCCGCCAAGCUGAAGGAGAUUGAGGCCGAAGAUGCUGCGGCUCUGAGUGUGCCAGAGACCAAGAAGACACCCGCUCAGGCGAAUCUGGGCAUGUCUCAGAGUGGCUCCACGAUGGAUGACGAGCUGAUGCCGGAUCCGACGCAGUUUAUGGCUCUGAUUGGGGCUGCGCCGAUGCCGCCGAUGCGUCAGCAGAUGGAGAAGAGUGAGGAGGUUCUGCCGCCGGGAAUUGACGAGGCGGAGGCCGAUCAGGUGCCUAAGCCCAUAAGUGAUGCGCCGCGUCCGCGCAAGGGACCGCUGCCGAAGGAUUUCCAGGAUGCGCUGGACUUGAUUUUCCCGGAUGAGAAUAAGAAAGUGGCGCCGAAACCCGCGGCGGACGCAAAUCGUGAGAUUGUGGACAUGGACAGUGUGGCGGUGGAGAGUUCUGUGCCUGAAGUCACAGCUGAGGAGGCGAAUCAGCCGGCCAUCGGCAUGUACGGGGCGUACGCCACGGCGUUUCCGGGCACUUCGGCGUAUGCCGUGUACGAGGGACUUUCGGGUGCCAUUCAGCAGGAGGGAAUUGAGCCGCCGCCGCCGCCGAUUGACAUGGACACGGGCGAUUCGCCAGACAACAGCAUUCCUCAUGUGGAGAUGACCAUCGAUGAGAGCAAGACGUCGUCCACGAACAAUAUCGAAUUGGACGAUCUGGCGCUCCUGGGCAUCGAUGCCGACGACAUGGCCGCGCAGUGUAUGUAGGCGGGCGUCAUUCAAUAAAAAAAGAAUACUUACUCGAA